AUGAAGGCAGUUAAUCCAAAAAUAACUUCCUUUUUUACAAGUAAGGGUAACCUUGGAGUUAAAAGGCCGUGUGAAGAUGAAGAUUCUGAUUCAGAAAACUCAAAAAAUAAUCAGCCACAGGUACCUAUUUGUAACGAUGUAAUUUCAACCGAUAUAAGUUUGUUUGUCAAUCGACGUCUAUCUGACGAAGAAAAACUAUUGGUUUUAAAAAAUGUAUGGAAGCCCCAAAAAAAUUAUGACUUUCCGUUAUUGGAACUUAAUAAAUGCAGGAGCUUAAAAUUUCAGUAUGCAUGGCUUGAUAAAUAUUCUUGGCUUGCUUAUUCUAAACGCUGUGUCUAG